AUGAAGCACAAGCCAACGUUUUUCGAAGAGGUCCCCCACGAUAAUCGCGUCCAUCUUGAAGAUGUGGAUGCCACUCCCAUUCAUCACAAUUCCAACAUCACGACCAAUACCACCCUCCUCCCUUCUUUUACUUACUUGGUGUAUCUUCAUAGAUCAGUGAGGAAUCUGCUCUUCAGUCUGAUAUUCGACUGGAAUAUGGUCUUUAUGCAUCCAUUGAAUUUCCUCAUCCUCGUGACGGUAUUUCCGGCGUUUAUGAUUGGAUUGGUGGUUAUUGGAUUGUCUUUGCAUCUUGGGUAUUCGUUGGGUAUGGGCAAGGCAAUUAAGAAGAUUGGUGACAAGUGGGGAGGUGGCUUAUCUCCAGUCAAUUGGUGGGAUCCACGGAUAUUCUCGGAUGAAGUAUCGUCUAUAGUUAACAAUGCUAUCCAAGCUAUGGACGAACCUCAACACAUACCUUCGGAUUCAGUGCCCGGGGCCAAGUUACCGUCCGUUCAACCCAAAACCUUCAAUAUCGACAUCGCAGAGUUUCUCCUUUUCGUGUCUGCCCUAAUCUACGAAAGAGACGAUAACAUCGUACACGAAGCCCACGAACAAAUGUCCGCAUUCAAGCUUGAUCCGGCCCUCCGUACACCAGAGUCUUACCAGCAAAUAAAUCUAAAACUGCGCGACUCUGAAAAAUUUAUUCAUGAUCAAGCACAUAAAUGGGGAUUGCAAUUCAUUUCCCUAUCAGAACUGAACAGUCUCGGCGGGCCAUUUGCUGGGAUGUUUUGGAGUUUGCAACAUAACUUUAUCAUUGUAGCAUUCAAAGGUACCACGCCAACCAAUGUAGAGGAUUUCCUUGUCGAUGCGUUGUUCCAGCGGUGUGAUGCUCGCCCCUUCUUGUUCGGCGACGUGCACGAAGGAUUCUAUACCUCUUUGUUCCCUGAAUCGCAUGCUUCGGCUAGGUCGGGUUCGGCUAGUCCCUAUUUUACUAUCAUGAAAGGAAUAAAAGCCAAGGCAUUGGAGAUUAAGCAGGCAAUGGAAAAGAUGAACCCCCCGAAAAAGGAUCCGGUAAAUAUUUGGAUUACUGGGCAUUCGUUGGGUGCUGGAUUGGCAACAUUGUUCUACUCUAGACUGCUGUUGUCUCCUAAAGAUUUGGGUCCAAAUGCUAUAUUAAGAGAUGCGUAUCUAAUUGGUACACCUGCAGUUGGCGAUUCCGACUUUGCCGCACAAUUCGCCGCACACAGCAGCCGCCCAUACGAUCGUCAUAAUACUCUUUGGCGAAUAAUCGAUGACAUUGACAUUAUCACCAAACUUCCCCCUGGUUUCAAUAAUCCGUAUAUAAGCCAGCAUAUAAGCAAGAACAACAUUCUUAACUAUGCUCAUGUCGGUGAAGGUAUUCGAUUUUUCCAGGACGGGCGCUUGCCUCAAGCUACUAGGAAUGUAUUCACCUCUGGCAACGAAGCGGUGAUUGUUGAAAAGGCGAAAUCGAAUGGAUUUGCGCUGAAAGGUUUGUUUACGUUUAACAGUCUGUGGAAUGGAAUUAAGGAACCGCUUAACGGCAUCAGCGGCGAUGAUGCGGACGAUGACGAUCAUGUCAAGCGGAGAUUGAGAAAUCUAAGGGAUAUUGCAGAUGGAAAGCCGUUCGUGCACAAGCCAGAGAGUCCAUUAUGUUUGGUUGAGAAAGUGUUGCCGACUUUCUUCAGGAACCAUCUCCCUGCGAGGUACUUCCAAGCCAUGCAGAGAGCAAGAGUGUAUUUUGAUGAGGAUGCGAAAGGCUCUCAAGGCUUGAAAAAGGACGUGUUGACGAAUUAA